AUGAAGAAGCAAGUACUAUUGUUCGUCUAUGCGUGUUUUGUCGGCUCUGUGCUUGGGCAGGUCACCUAUUCCAUUCCCGAGGAAAUGAGCAAAGGCUCCCUGGUUGGAAAUAUAGCGCAGGAUUUAGGUGUGCACGUGAAAAGGCUGAAAUCUGGGAAAGCUCGCAUCUACACGGAGGGCAAUGCAGAUUACAUGGAGCUGCAUAGAGACAGAGGGGUGCUCGUGGUAAAAGAGAGGAUCGACAGGGAGGCGCUGUGUGGACAAACAACGCCGUGCGCGAUACAUUUGCAAAUCACUCUGGAAGAUCCUAUUGAAUUCUACACCGUGACCGUUGAAAUUAAUGACAUUAACGAUAAUGCGCCCACUUUUAAAAAGGAUAAGAUGACUUUUAAGAUAAGCGAAUCUGCUGUUAUUGGAGCCAAAUUCGUGCUGGAAAGAGCUGUGGAUUUAGAUGUGGGUGUGAACGGAUUGCAGGGCUACUCGUUAAAACCAACUGAUCAUUUUCAACUAAAAUUAAAAAAUCAGCAGGAUGGAAGCAAGAGUGUGGAGAUGGUCUUAAAGAAAACUCUAGACAGAGAGACCAUAGAUCAUCACUCUUUAGUUCUCACUGCAGCUGAUGGAGGUGAUCCACAGCUGACUGGAACAAUGCGUGUUGAAAUUACAGUGCUAGACGUGAAUGAUAACGCGCCUGCAUUUACGCAGGAGACAUAUAGGGUCACUGUGAUGGAGACUGCUCCAAAAGGUACCGUAAUGAGCACCGUCAGUGCUGUUGAUGCAGACGAAGGCACAAGUGGAAAAGUCUCAUAUUCAAUAAUGAAUACAAUGGAUGAUGUCCCUGUUUACUUUAAAAUUGAUGAAGAAAGUGGAGUUGUGUCUUUAAUUGGAAGCCUCGAUUAUGAAAAGGUGCACCAUUAUGAAAUAUUUAUACAAGCGAGUGAUGGCGUGUUGACAGAUUCAUGUAGGAUUAUUGUUGAAGUGACUGACACAAAUGAUAACCCCCCAUCUAUAAAUAUCAUGUCAAAAACCAGCUCUAUAUCAGAAAAUUCUACACCAGGUACUGUGGUCACUAUAUUUAAUGUUCAAGAUCCUGACUCAGAAGAAAAUGGCAAUGUUGAAUGUUUUAUUGAAGAAAACAUGCCAUUUCUGAUGAAACAUACUUCUAAGAAGUUCUUUAGUUUAGUGACAGAUGGCAAUUUAGACCGAGAGAGGUCAGGCACAUUUAAUAUAACUGUGAUUUGUUCCGAUGGUGGCAUGCCCUCUCUUUCCAGCAGCGUCAUGCUCACUUUACACAUCUCAGAUGUGAAUGACAACGUGCCUGUCUUUCAAAAAAGAUUAUAUGCGGCCAACAUCGUUGAAAACAACACACCCGGUCUCUCUAUAUUGACUGUGAAAGCCAUUGAUGCUGAUUAUAAACAGAAUGCCCGCAUUUCGUACAUCCUGGAGGACUCCUCUGUUAACGGAGUGCCAGUCUCCUCAUAUGUGUCUGUUAAUGCUGAGAGUGGAGUCAUUCAUGCAGUUCGUUCUUUUGACUUUGAGCAACUCAAGGAGUUCCACUUUCACGUCAAAGCUCAGGACGGAGGUUCCCCUCCUUUGAGCAGCAACGUGAGUGUGGUCAUCCACAUCCAGGACGCCAACGACAAUGGGCCUCAGGUCCUCUAUCCUGUCCAGACGAGCGGCUCAGUAUUGGCUGAAAUUGUCCCUCAUUCAGCAGACGUUGGCUACCUUGUGACUAAAGUGGUGGCUGUGGACGUGGACUCUGGACAGAAUGCCUGGCUCUCAUAUAAAGUGCACAAGGCCACAGACAGGGCGCUGUUUGAAGUGGGCCUCCACAAUGGAGAAAUUAGAACUGUCCGCCAAGUGACUGAUAAAGAUGCUGUAAAACAAAGACUGACUGUUGUCGUGGAGGACAACGGGCAGCCCUGUCGUUCAGCUACUGUCAUUGUUAACGUGGUGGUGGCGGACAGCUUCCCUGAAGUGCUGUCAGAAUUCACUGAUUUUAGCUUGCAUGACAAGGAGUACAAUGACAAGCUGACGUUUUACCUAGUCUUGGCUUUAGCUGUGGUCUCCUUCCUCUUCAUCACCUGCUUGUUACUCAUCAUAUCAGUCAAAGUGUACAGGUGGAGACAGUCUCGUCUGCUGUAUCACUCGAACCUGCCCGUCAUUCCGUAUUUUCCACCACGGUACUCGGAUACUUUGGGGACAGGGACUCUCCCCCACGUGUACAAUUAUGAAGUGUGCAGGACCAUUGACUCCAGGAAAAGUGACUGUAAAUUGGACAGAGCUGCAAGUCACAAUGUGCUGGUGAUGGACCCCAGUUCUGUGGGGACCUUGCAGAAGAUAUGCAGGGAAAAGAACAUCCUCGAUGAGCUCGAUUCUCCUAUUGAGGUUGGUCACUUGAGCUUUAUAAGUUUUACAACAAAUGUUUCUCUUUGA